AUCCUUUACCGGGUUCGCCUAAUUUUUCAUUCAGUACCUAAGCUAACAUUAUAAAAAUUAGAAUUACCUAUUUAAUGGUUUAAAAUGAAAUUAUCAAUGCCAAGAUAUACGUUUUGUUUUAUAUGCCAAAUAACGUUUCUGUUUUGUGAUCUUCUAUUCAAUUGCCUCAGUUUAUUUCCAAGAAGUCGCGAUGGUUUAUUAGUUUUAUUCAUAUUUCAGGAUUUGUUCCUGAUACUAUCAAUCACAACCAUGUUGAUGACAUUUUUUUCAACAUAUUUAUUCCAAGCUGGUCUAGUGGAGGUGUUGAUCCGCAAGUUCCGUGCUGCUGGCUCUGUGAUCAUUGCUUAUGUGACAGCCAGUGUGAUCUUACAUGCUGCAUGGCUGCUGGAAAAGUGGGGAGAUUCUGAAGCAGUGUCAUCACCUAUGAUGAUUGUGCUGUUUACAUUUCAACGAUGUUUGUCCCCAUGGUACUACUUCUUCUACAAGCGCGCCGCACUGCGUGUCAGCGACCCGCGCUUCUACGAGGACAUCGACUGGAUCAACCGACAGCUGCAGGCACAUUAGACGAGCCUCCUGGCGCCGGACGAAGUACCCACCCCACAUACCUGCUUACUUGACUAAGUAGUUUUAGACGCUUUUUACCCCGUUACAUGAAUCUCUAUUAUGAUUCAUUUAACAUUAACUAGGUUUUGUAUGUAGGAGACCCUAUGCAACUGGAGCAUGAAACAGACAGCAGGAGUGGGAUAGAUCAGUGUAGCAUAGUAUAAUAUACCAAUCUGUACGCUGAUCAUAUUAUGUUACAUAAGAAAUACUUUCACAACCAAACACUCCCAUCCCGACUGCUGUUUGUUUAGUGCUUGGUUGGUUUCAUAAUAGAAUAGAAAUAAUCAUGAGUCAAAAUAUUUAAUUGUUACAGUAGUCGUAGAUGUAGUAUUAGGAAACAUGUUUAUCACUACAGUACAGUAUUUAUAUGAUUACAGUACAGGGAAUACAAUA